UCACGUCUAAACGAUCCACAGUCCAAUUUUGGGAUGUUUGGACUCAGUUAAGAAGUAAUAAAUUAAGAUGCGUAUCGCAAGGUCAUUAAUUCGUGUUAUGACAUAAACAGGAUGUCGUUUUUAUUUGCGCUGCACCCGAAUCGGUAGGUGGCGAUAGUGAUAGCUAGCGAGGGUUUGACAGUCUGAGUGGAAUUGAAAGAAGAAACUCAACCGGCCACCAGUCUGCACUGAAAGAGUGUCACGUACGUGAGAACUGCCCACUUUCCUCAGGGUCAAGAUGCAGACGCCAGCACAGUCCAUCAUUCACAGUGGCUACUUCCACCCAACUCUCAGAUCCUGGCAGACCUGUGCCACAGAUAUAAAAGCAGAAAACUUAAUUUACCCAAUUUUCAUCACAGACGGUGCCGAUGCCGUGGAGCCUAUUGCUAGCCUGCCCGGACAAGCCAGAUAUGGGGUGAACAAACUGGAGGGAAUGUUGCGGCCACUUGUAGAGAAUGGCUUGAAAUGUGUGUUGAUCUUUGGGGUCCCUGCAAAUAUAGCAAAGGAUGACAGAGGAUCAGGGGCAGACACAGAUGACACACCAGCCAUGAUGGCCGUGAAGAAGAUCAGAUCCCUCUUCCCCGAUCUGCUUGUAGCGUGUGACGUCUGCUUGUGUCCCUACACGUCACACGGUCACUGUGGUAUCUUGAACGAAGAUGGUUCUCUGAACAAUGAUGCUAGCUGUUUAAGACUAGCAGAAGUGGCACUAGCCUACGCCAAAGCCGGUUGUCACAUAAUUGCUCCCUCUGAUAUGAUGGAUGGCAGAGUCGGUGCCAUCAAACAAGCACUGCUUUCUAAUCUUUUGGGAAACAAGGUCUCAGUUCUAAGUUAUAGCGCCAAGUUUGCCUCAUGUUAUUAUGGUCCUUUCAGAGAUGCUGCACAGUCCAAGCCAGCUUUUGGGGACAGGCGCUGCUACCAACUCCCUCCGGGUGCGAGAGGGCUUGCCAUUCGAGCUGUGGAGCGAGAUGUAAGAGAAGGAGCUGAUAUGCUGAUGGUGAAACCAGGUCUGCCAUAUUUGGACAUUGUGAGAGAAGUCAAGGACAAGUUCCCAGCUCAUCCCCUUGCUGUGUACAAUGUGUCGGGGGAGUUUGCCAUGAUGUGGCAUGGAGCGCAAGCUGGAGCGUUUGACUUGCGAGCCGCUGUGAUGGAGGUCAUGACUGCCUUCCGCAGGGCAGGUGCUGACAUCAUCAUCACAUACUACACCCCUCAGUUGCUGAACUGGUUGAAAGAGUGAAGAAUGAAGAACUGAGCCUCCCUUAAGAAGAUAUUGUCUCCUAUUAAGCUAAUGUCUCCUAUUAAGCUAAUGACCAAAAAUCUGCACUUGAAAAUGUCAGGGUAAUACGCUUUUGGCAAAUUCAGUAGAUUUGGGCAUUUAUUUAAAAUCUAUAGUGGAAAACCGUAAGAAUGUGUUCUUCUGUUAUUAUUAUUUUUUUUUAUUCUAGAGAGCCUAAUAUCACAGUUAUAAACACUAUAUAGUACACUACUCACAAAAAGUUAGGGAUGUUGAUGAAAUUUCAGGAAGAACAUAAAAUGCACGAUAACCUUUUACAGUUCAACUUAAUUUGACCUUUUCCAAACCUUUAAAUGCUCAUGUUAAGAGUAUGGUGCAUUUUAGGUUCAUCUUAAAAUUUCCUGCGAAAGUUAAUUUCCUAAGGUUUUUGUGAGUAGUGCAUGUCUGUCUCUAAAGGGCUGAACACUGAAAACGUAACAGUUAAUCAUAGAUGUUGUUACUGUUUUCUUAAACACUAUCUGCGCUGUCAUUCGGAUCGUCAUUACAUGACAUUUGUGACCACAACCCCUUUGCACUAGAAAUUAAAGUGUUUAUUCAGAGCUCUUACUGUUGUGCCAACGUGUCGAACAUGAGGCUUGCGGGCAAGAUCCGGCCCUCCGCAUUAUUUGAUGUAGCCGGUGAAAGCUUGCCCACAAUUUAUCCUUGACUUCUGUUUAAAACUAGCCAUAACAAUUGUGUUAACUAAAUGCCGGGGCAAUUAUAUAAUAUGAGGUGCUUAUUAGGAUUCCCUCACAGAACAUGUUCGGUACGGGAAAGAAGUGUAACUGUCUCGUGCUUGAGCCACACAACUAGUUUGUUUAUAAAAAUUAAAAAAAAUGCAGCUCAGCAUCUAGCCAGCGAGCAUCACAGCUUUCAAUGUUUUUUUUAAAAAAAUAAACAGCCUCUCCCAAGUUCUUUUUAUGGCAUAAUAAUUAAGACUGCUCAAAUUGUUGCUGUUUCACUUGUCCGCAUCCUUUAUUUCUAAAAAAGACAAACUAAUGAUGUUGCAGUUUUCUAAAAAGAUAAGAUCUUAAGCUGUUGAUGUUUCAUUUAAAUGUUAUUAAACCUGGCUCUUUUUACAGAUGACAAGCAUUUUGCAUAUUGUUGUUCACUUACUGUACCAAAUCAUAAACUUAAAACCAAGGUAUGUACUACAACUAACCAACAUUUUUGGCAUGCUGUUCCACCACUAGCAAUGUGGUUUCACAGCUAUAACUGACCCUGUACAUAGAACAAAGAUAAUGUUACUGAAAAAAAAAAAUAUAUAUAUAUAUAUAAUAAACAAAGCUGUCUAGCAUUGGCUCUGGCUUUUAUGCUAUCAAAACAUGUUCCCAUGUUGCUAACAUUGUGAAAUGGUUAAAAAAAAAGCUUAAUCAGAUCAUAAAAACUGACAAAUACACCUUUUUUUUUUUAGAUGUAGAAUUUUUGAACACCGCAAAUCAUUUGUGGAGCAAACAAGAAACAAUUAUCUUAAAUAAAGCGAUGG